AUGACCUCGAACUACGAUAAUGAGAAACAAGACACUGCCCAUAUCGAGAAUGUGGAUCAAUCGCCAACUGACGCCUCUCUCACUCUCGGAAAAGAGCAAACCUUGGACAGCAUUGAUCUUCUGAACAGCAAUGCCAUUAAAGGAGAUGACUCGGAUGGGAAGGUGAUCUGGAGCAUCCGCAGUGUUCUUGCUGCCAUUUUUCUUGCCGGUCUAUACACCGGCUCCCAAAUUAUACUCUAUUUCACAGGUGGAUCGCUCAGCUUCAUUGAAGAGGACCUUCAGUUGGCUCACGGCUCGGCUUGGUUGCCAACCGCCAACAUUCUUGCCAUCGCUGCAGCUUGCCCUUAUGCCGGAUAUCUUCAAGAUCUGUUUGGGAAAAGAUACAUCGCUUUGUUUGGUUCGCUCUGCAUCUGUCUUGGAUGUACUCUCUUGGGAUCUGCCCAUAACUUCGCACAAGCCCUUGCUGGAAUGGCUCUAUCAGGUGUCGGUGCGGCGAUAGGUGAGCUGACAGGGCUCGCUGGGCUCGCUGAAGUUGUACCGGUCAAGUACCGGGGGUAUUCUCUGGCGCUGGUAACCGCCUUCGUCCUCCCUUUCUGCCCGUACCUUUUGUACGUCGAGCUAUGGUCGUAUGGAAACAACGUAGGGUGGAGAUGGGGUCCGUGGACUUCGUUAAUCUACAAUGGAAUCAUUGGGCUCGGCCUUCUCUUCACUUACUUCCCUCAAUACAACCACACCCGCGCCGAGGGAUUCUCGCGCAGAGCUAUCUUGAAGAAGAUCGAUUACGUCGGAGGCAUAUUGUCCAUCACUGGACUAACGCUCUUGUAA